AUGGCAGCAGACUUACUUUAUCAGUCAAAUGAAACUGAAAAAGCAAUCAUUCAUUUUGCUCAGUUGCUCGAUCGUAAUCCAAGAAAAAACUAUUUUUAUUUCAAAUUAAACUAUUUCAAAUUUUUAUGUUUUAUAGACCAAUAUCAUGCUCUUGCUGUCUACAUUGAACUUAACUGGCGAAAUGGGAAUAUAGAACAAGCAGAAAAAUAUUUAAAAAAUGCACUUAGUGCAAAUCCACGAUCAACUGUGCAUGCUGGAUUCAAUUAUUGCAAAGGAUUGUAUGAAUGGUAUAUUGGUGAGCCGAAUACAGCAUUACAAGCAUUCAAUCGAGCUCGGCGAGAUCUAGAAUGGGGUGAACGUGCUAUAUACAAUAUGAUUGAGAUUUGCCUUAAUCCUGAUAAUGAAAUCAUUGGGGAUGAAAUGCUUAAUCAUAGCGAGCAAACUGAUAAGUCCGCUUUUAAAUUAAUUUUAAAAUUUCAAGAUAUUAAAAAAAAUAUUUAUGUAUAUAUAUAUAUGAUUAAGGAACUUCGAUAUAAGCCAGAUUUGGAUUAUAAAUAUAGAUUAAUGGAAGGUUUUAUAAUGCUGGCAAGUAAUAAUCGAAGUACAGUCCAACAAGCACUCAACAAUUUCAUUGAAAUGGCUGGUGAAAAUAGGGAUGUUCAAAAUGUUGGAGCGAUUUUGGGGUGUGCAAAAGCAUAUAUAAUUUUAAAACAAGUACCUAAAGCUAAAGCUCAACUUAAACGAGUCGUUGGGUACAAUUGGACAUUAGAGAAUGCUGAUUAUCUCGAAAAAUGUUGGCUUCUUCUUGCUAAUUUGUAUAUAAAUCAGGGGAAAAAUGAGCAAACACUAUCAUUGCUACGAACUGUUCUUCAAUAUAAUGCAAGUUCGAUAAAAGCCUUAGAAUAUUUUGGUUAUUUAAAGGAACGCGAACAAAAAUGGUUGGAAGCAGCAAUGAAUUUUGAAAAGGCAUGGAGCUUAAGCAAAAGAUGCAAUCCUUCAAUAGGUUAUAAACUGGUACAAGAAGAGGUUCUUACGGUAUUAAUUUCAGGUUAUAAACUGGCUCAUAAUUAUUUAAAAUGCAAAAAAUUAUUCGAUGCUAUUGAUGUAUGUCAUCGAAUUCUUGCAAUCCAUCCGAAUUUCCCUAAAAUUAAACGAGAUAUCAUGGACAAAGCAAGAGCUAAUAUUCGAACAUAA